AUGAAGUUAGUUAAGAUAUGUGGAGUUAAAACAAUAGAAGCAGCAGAAAUAGCCACAAUUCAUGGAGCUGAUUUAAUAGGAUGCAUACUAGUACCUAACAAAGCAAGAACAACAGAUCAUAAGAUUGCAAAAGAAAUCUCAAAAUUUGUUAAUCAUGGUAGACCAAAGUCAUUAAUAACUAUAAUUCAAGAACUUAAAGCAAGUAAGAAAUCUGAGUCUCCUAUUGAGUAUUUUGAAUUUGUUAAAGAGAUUAUAAUUGAAAAUGAGCCUUUUUUAGUUGGUGUUUUCAAGAAUCAGUCACCUGAAGAAGUAUUUAAAAUUGCUGAUGAUCUAAAAUUGGAUUUUAUACAAUUACAUGGUAAUGAAAAUAUUAAAGAUUAUUUAAAUCCAAAAUUUGGGGUUAUUAAAAGAUACGUACUACCAAAAGAUCUAGAAACGUUGAAAGAGGAUAGUGAGUAUAUAAUGAACGAAAGAAUACUAAGUUUGCCUUUAUUAGAUUCAGAAGAAGGUGGAGAAGGUAAAACUAUUGACUGGGAUUAUAUUGACAAGAAUUUGACAUUCACUAAAGCAAUACUAGCUGGUGGAUUAAAUGAUGAGAAUUUAAAGGACACAAAGAAUAUUAAAAAUAUUCUAGGUUAUGAUGUAAGUGGAGGUGUUGAAACUAAUGGUUCAAAAGACUUGAAUAAAAUAACUAAAUUUAUAAAUGUAGGUAAACGAAUUGAUAUAGAUAAUUAA